AUGAAUCUGCUUUCAUUACUAGUCGCCGUGUUUGUGACGUCAGCUGUCUUUGGCCGGAGCCUGGACGAUAUCUUGGACAAGGAGCUCUCUUCGUUGACAGCACCAACCAAGACUGGAGUUCCGGAAUAUGUCACAUCAGACAAUUCCAUGUCCGUUCAGAGGCAACAUGUGAAGGAUACGGCGUUUGCCAAAUCAAGUCUUGAUAAGAUUGUUGGAGGGACUGAAGCUAAACAAGGUGAACUUCCCUGGCAGGCCAGCGUCAAGUAUGGGAAUGGUACACACUCUUUCUUUAAAUGUGGAGCUGCAAUAAUAGAUAAUCUGUGGUUACUCAGUGCCGCCCAUUGUUUCGUUGGUUCUACCUAUGAAUUUAUGGUAACUGUUGGAGAUUACAAUCUGCUAGCUAAAGAAACGAAUGAGGUGACGUUUAAAGUGGAGAGUAUACUCAAUCACAAACUUUAUGACCCAAAAACUACUGUCAAUGACAUCGCGUUACUCCGAGUUAACCCAGGGAGUGAUGGCAAGGGUAUCAGCUUCAACAAAUUUGUUCAACCCAUCAGUCUGAUUAAUUCUGCAGCGUCUCCACCAGUGGGCGCUCUACUUGUAGUUUCUGGAUGGGGCGGCAUCCUACGAUGCAAGAACUGCACAUCCGAACCUCAAGAAUUUCCGCCCAUACUAAAGAAGGCUGAAGUCCCUGCUAUUAGUCAAGAGGAAUGCAAACGAUUAUACAGCCAGAACACGAUCACUGACCGCAUGCUGUGUGCUGGGUGGUUGGAUGGGCGGGCUGACGCUUGCACUGGGGACAGUGGUGGUCCGCUUGUCUAUGAAACUGCAGGCUCAAAGGUUUUGGCUGGUGUUGUUUCUUGGGCCGGAGGAUGUGGCCUAGAAAACACGCCUGGUGUCUACACACGUGUCUCUUCUUUUCUAGAUUGGAUUCAAGAGACUAAGGAGUCCUACGUUCCACCUGCUUAUCAGUUGUUAUUCAAAUAA